GAUACCAACAUGGCGUGUGCUGAUCUGAGAGAGGAGCUAACUUGUUCUGUCUGCCAGAGCCUUUAUAUAGAUCCUGAACCUCUCAGCUGUUGGUAUAACUGCUUCCUGAGGUGUUUUAAUAAAACAAGGAACAACCAGGAUGAGGGGGAGCAUUUCUGUCCUGAAUGUAAACUCAGUAGCAACACCGAGCAGCAAAAUAUAGCAGAGACUUUUCAACCUACUGAGCCUGUAAAUGAGACUGGGAUCUUCUGCACUUACUGUACUCACCCUGCUACUAAAUCAUGUCUGAUGUGUGAGGAGUCUUUUUGUGGUAUCCACCUGAGGUCACACAGCAGAUCUGAGGAACACGUCUUAACUGAACCCACCACUUCCUUGGGUAACAGAAAAUGCUCCAAACAUAACAAGCUCCUGUUAUAUUACUGCACUGAGGAUGCUGACUGUAUCUUUGUGUCCUGCUCCCUAGCCGGAGAGCACAGGGGACACCAGGUGGAGCUGCUGAAUGAGGCUUCUGAGAAGAAGAAAGAGAAACUGAGAGAUGUUUUGCAGAAACUGACCACAAAGAGAGAGGAGGCUGAGAAAAGAGUCCAGAGUCUGCAGGAGCACAGGACAGGAGUGCAAAAGAAAGCAGCUGGUGUAGCAGACCAACACAGUGCCCUGAUUAGGGACAUCAGGAAACAACUGGUAGACCUAGAGAAGCGAGUCCUGAGUGAGGUCACCUGGCAGAAACAGGACGUUUUACUCCCAAGCUUUAAUCUGAUCCAGAAGCUGAAAAAAGAGAAGGACGAGCUGACCAGGAAGAUUUGUCAUUUUGAGGAGCUGUGCAACAUGACUGACCCAUUAACUGUCCGACAAGAACAGGAAUCACACAGAGAUGACUUUUGUGGUGCUGAGAAGGAAGAUGAUGAGGUCACACAGAAAGGUGAUAACAAGGUGACUGGGGGGCAUUUCGAUGAGGGUCAGAUCUCAGUGACCUUAUAUACAGGUUUAGCUGAUAUUGUGUAUGAUGUAAAGAGAGAGAUCUAUAUGAAGGUGACAUCAGACAUAUUACUGGAUAUAAAUUCAGCUCGUAAUGAUGUGACUGUAUCUGAUGACUUGAAGACUGCAUUGUGGUCAGAUGUAGACCAUCAGCGACCAGACACACCUGAGAGAUUUACAUAUUUUCCUCAGGUAUUAAGUAGUACAACCUUUUCUUCAGGACGCCAUUACUGGGAAGUGGAGACCAGUGAAUUGGGGCACUACAGAAUAGGGAUGUGGUGCAGUAGUAUGAGGAGGAAAGGAGAUGAAUCUGCGAUAGGAGACAAUAACAAGUCCUGGUGUUUGUACAGAUGGGGGUGGAGAAUCCUUUCAGUGGUACAUGACUCAGUACGUACUGAUUUGCUUCACCGUCUAUCAUGUGACAGAUUAGGAAUACUGCUGGACUAUGAGGCUGGGCGUCUGUCCUUUUAUGAGCUAUGUGUCCCGAUCAGACACUUAUACACCUUCACUGCCACCUUCACUGAGCCUCUUCAUGCUGCAUUUUAUGUAUGGGAUAAUGCCUUGGUGAGAAUCAAGUCCUAGAAAUACUGAUCACUGCUGAACACAGAGAAAUAAAAUAAAUAAUAUACUGUAUGUUCUGGGGUAUAAUCAGAGCCAGAUUUCACAUUAGGUAAACUAGGCAUCUGUCUAGAGGCAUGUGACUUGCAUGGGAUAUUUAUUCACAACACAAAAUGAGCGUGAUUGACACAGCUGGGCACCCCAAACACCAGUGGCGGCUGGUGAAUUUUAAAGAUGGUGGGGUUCUAGACCCCACCCCUUUAAAUAAAGCCAUGCCCCAUGCAUACAUACUACAUACACAUUACACAAACAUACAUACAUAUUACACACACAUACAUACAUAUAUACUACACACACAUGCACACAGACUGCAUACAUACAUAGAUACUACAUACACAUUACACAAACAUACAUACACACUGCACACACAUACACACAGGCUACAUACAUACAUACACACACACAGACUGCAUACAUACAUAGAUAUUACAUACACAUUACACAAACAUACAUACACACAGACUGUAUACAUACACAUUACAGAAACCUACAUAAAUACUACACACACAGACUGCAUACAUACAUACAUACUACAUACACAUUACACAAACAUACAUACACACUACACACACAUAUACACAGACUACACACAUACACAUUACACAAACAUACAUACACACUACACACACAUAUACACAGACUACAUACAUACAUACUUCAUACACAUUACACAAACAUAUAUUCAUACUACACACAUACACACAGACUGCAUACAUACAUACAUACUACAUACACAUCACACAAACAUACAUGCACACUACACACAUACAGACUGCAUACAUACAUACAUACUACAUACACAUUACACAAACAUACAUACUACAUAGACAUUACAAAAACAUACAUAAACACUACACACACACACACACACAUAUACACAGACUACAUGCAUACAUACUACAUACACGUUACACAAACAUACAUGCAUACUACAUACACAUUACACAAACAUACAUACUACAUACACAUUACACAAACAUACAUACACACAAACUGCAUACAUACAUACUACAUACACAUUACACAAACAUACAUAUACACUACACACACAUACACACAGACUACAUACAUACAUACUACAUAUACAUUACACAAACAUACAUACAUACUAUAUACACAUUACACAAACAUACAUAAACACUACACACAAAUACACAGACUACAUACAUACAUUCUGAAUACACGUUACACAAACAUACAUGCAUACUACAUACACAUUACACAAACAUACAUACACACAAACUGCAUACAUAAAUACUACAUACACAUUACACAAACAUACAGACACACAUAUACACACACACUGCAUACAUACGUACUACAUGCACAUUACACAAACAUACAUACUACAUAAACAUUACACAAACAUACAUAUAUAAUACAUACACAUUGCACAAACAUACAUACUACAUAAACAUUACACAAACAUACAUAUAUAAUACAUACACAUUACACAAACAUACAUACAUACUACAUACACAUUACAGAAACAUACAUACACUACACACACACAUAUACACACACUCUAUAUAUAUACAUACAUAUAUACUACUUACACAUUACACAAACAUACAUACAUACAUACUACACACACAUAUACACAGACUACCUACAUACAUACUACAUACACAUUACACAAACAUACAUACACACUACACACACAUACACACAGGCUGCAUACAUAUAUACUACAUACACAUUACACAAACAUACAUACACACUACACACUCAUAUACACAGACUACAUACAAUCAUACUACAUAAACAUUACACAAACAUACACACACACACAUAUAUACACAGACUACAUACAAUCAUACCACAUACACAUUACACAAACAUACAUACACACAUAUACACAGGCUACAUACAUACAUAUUACAUACACAUUACACAAACAUACAUACACACUACACACUCAUACACACAGGCUGCAUACAUACAUACUACAUACACAUUACUCAAACAUACACACAUACUACACACACAUAUACACAGACUAAAUACAUACAUACAUACAAAAUACACAUUACAUAAACAUAUAUACACACACACAUAUACACAGACUACAUACAUACUACAUACACAUUACAAAAACAUACAUACACACAGACUGCAUAAAUACAUACUACAUACACGUUACACAAACAUACAUGCAUAUUACAUAUACAUUGCACAAACAUACAUACAUACUACAUACAUAUUACACAAACAUGCAUACAUACUACAUACACAUUACACAAACAUACAUACACACUACACACACACAUAUACACACACUACAUAUAUACAUACUACAUACACAUUACACAAGCAUACAUACAUACUACAUACAAAUUACACAAACAUACAUACACACACAUACACAAAGACUACAUACAUGCAUACUAUAUAUACAUUACACAAACAUACAUACUACAUACACAUUACACAAACAUACAUACAUACUACAUACACAUUGCACAAACAUACAUACACACUACACACACAUAUACACAGACUACAUACAUACUACAUACACGUUACACAAACAUACAUGCAUAUUACAUAUACAUUGCACAAACAUACAUACAUACUACAUACAUAUUACACAAACAUGCAUACAUACUACAUACACAUUACACAAACAUACAUACACACUACACACACAUAUACACACACACUACAUACAUACUGUGACAGAAAGCAAGGCCUGGUUAUAAAUGGAAGAUAUGUAAGACCAAAUAUUUUACAUGGUAUUUCUCCUUUCAGUUAAAAACAUAGGGAGAGAGAGUGUGUAUUUGAUUAUGCAGUUGAUAUACUGUGUUCUGGGUCCCUGGGGUUUGGGAUAAUUGGAGAGAGGGUGUAUUUGAUUACUUAGUUGGUAAACUGUGUUCUGGGUCCCUGGGGUUUGGGAUAAUUGGAGAGAGGGUGUAUUUGAUUAUGCAGUUGGUAAACUGUGUUCUGGGUCCCUGGGGUUUGGGAUAAUUGGAGAGAGGGUGUAUUUGAUUACUUAGUUGGUAAACUGUGUUCUGGGUCCCUGGGGUUUGGGAUAAUUGGAGAGAGGGUGCAUUUGAUUAUUUAGUUGGUAAACUGUGUUCUGGGUCCUUGGGGUUUGGGAUAAUUGGAGAGAGGGUGUAUUUGAUUAUGCAGUUGGUAAACUGUGUUCUGGGUCCCUGGGGUUUGGGAUAAUUGGAGAGAGGGUGUAUUUGAUUACUUAGUUGGUAAACUGUGUUCUGGGUCCCUGGGGUUUGGGAUAAUUGGAGAGAGGGUGCAUUUGAUUAUUUAGUUGGUAAACUGUGUUCUGGGUCCUUGGGGUUUGGGAUAAUUGGAGAGAGGGUGUAUUUGAUUAUGCAGUUGGUAAACUGUGUUCUGGGUCCCUGGGGUUUGGGAUAAUUGGAGAGAGGGUGUAUUUGAUUAUGCAGUUGGUAAACUGUGUUCUGGGUCCCUGGGGUUUGGGAUAAUUGGAGAGAGGGUGUAUUUGAUUAUGCAGUUGGUAAACUGUGUUCUGGGUCCCUGGGGUUUGGGAUAAUUGGAGAGAGGGUGUAUUUGAUUAUGCAGUUGGUAAACUGUGUUCUGGGUCCCUGGGGUUUGGGAUAAUUGGAGAGAGGGUGUAUUUGAUUACUUAGUUGGUAAACUGUGUUCUGGGUCCCUGGGGUUUGGGAUAAUUGGAGAGAGGGUGCAUUUGAUUAUUUAGUUGGUAAACUGUGUUCUGGGUCCUUGGGGUUUGGGAUAAUUGGAGAGAGGGUGUAUUUGAUUAUGCAGUUGGUAAACUGUGUUCUGGGUCCCUGGGGUUUGGGAUAAUUGGAGAGAGGGUGUAUUUGAUUACUUAGUUGGUAAACUGUGUUCUGGGUCCCUGGGGUUUGGGAUAAUUGGAGAGAGGGUGUAUUUGAUUAUGCAGUUGGUAAACUGUGUUCUGGAUCCCUGGGGUUUGGGAUAAUUGGAGAGAGGGUGUAUUUGAUUAUGCAGUUGGUAAACUGUGUUCUGGGUCCCUGGGGUUUGGGAUAAUUGGAGAGAGGGUGUAUUUGAUUAUGCAGUUGGUAAACUGUGUUCUGAGUCCCUGGGGUUUGGGAUAAUUGGAGAGAGGGUGUAUUUGAUUAUGCAGUUGGUAAACUGUGUUCUGGGUCCCUGGGGUUUGGGAUAAUUGGAGAGAGGGUGUAUUUGAUUAUGCAGUUGGUAAACUGUGUUCUGGGUCCCUGGGGUUUGGGAUAAUUGGAGAGAGGGUGUAUUUGAUUACUUAGUUGGUAAACUGUGUUCUGGGUCCCUGGGGUUUGGGAUAAUUGGAGAGAGGGUGCAUUUGAUUAUUUAGUUGGUAAACUGUGUUCUGGGUCCUUGGGGUUUGGGAUAAUUGGAGAGAGGGUGUAUUUGAUUAUGCAGUUGGUAAACUGUGUUCUGGGUCCCUGGGGUUUGGGAUAAUUGGAGAGAGGGUGUAUUUGAUUAUGCAGUUGGUAAACUGUGUUCUGGGUCCCUGGGGUUUGGGAUAAUUGGAGAGAGGGUGUAUUUGAUUAUGCAGUUGGUAAACUGUGUUCUGGAUCCCUGGGGUUUGGGAUAAUUGGAGAGAGGGUGUAUUAAAUUAUGCAGUUGGUAAACUGUGUUCUGGAUCCCUGGGGUUUGGGUUAAUUGGAGAGAGGGUGGGCCAUUAUCCCAGAUAGCUGUGAAGCUGUCCAGUUCCGGUUGUUUUGAUUAAGCAGCUAAUCACAGGUGUGGUUAAUUAGAAGCUGUGAGGGUUUAAAUAGGAGCCUGACUGAGGCCUAGGAGAGAGCGUUACCCAGCUACAGAAGCUGCUGUGUCUGUUAAAGACUUCUGUUCCUGUGAACUGUAAAGGACAUUAUAUUGACAAAGCACUUGUGAAAUGCUGUGAAGUGCUGGGACAUGCUUGAAAGUACUGAUAUUUACAAAAAGUACUUAACAUUGCUGAAGAGCAAGGAUUACCCUAUUUUGAAACUGAACUGCCUGUUUGUUGUUGCUGUGAAAAAUAAAGCAUUUUAAACUACA